UUGGAGGAGUGAGCCGCUGCCCGAGAGGAGAGAAAAAAAAAAGAAGGCAAUUCCGUGGCCACAAAGGGACUCGCGAUAAGCGGACGGACGUGCACGCACAACGCAGACGUCUCUGUCUUUUUGUGUGAGGAGGACCGCGUCGUCCGGUCAGAAAGAUUCGGUGUACGAAGAGUUAAGACUCGACAUCCCAACUGUUUAUUCCAGCAGCUAGCAGGCUAGCUGGCUCGAUACCCGGGAGCUAGGCACGGGGAGUCCGUGUGAGUUUGCCUGAUAAAGCGGUCUCCGUCCAGCUUUGAAGAAGCUGUUUUGCGCCUCACUCAAAUCGUCGGCGGAGAUUUUUUUUAAAGUAUGCGUCGCCGCAGGCAGCCGCAACUUUAAAGAAUGGUAUCAACUGAGCGGUGAGCGUUACACUCCUACUACGGACCCGGAGGGAGACUGUAAAAGUCACACAGGCCUGCUGGCUCGAGGUUGCACACAAACACCAAGAAGGGGGAACAUGACUCACUGGCCCCUACCGGAGACUGGCACGGGGCAGCUGUGCCAACCUUGCCCCUGCCUGCCGCUUUAGAAGCUACCCCGGUACACCAUGACGGAGAGGCAUUGAGGUUUGCUCCCUGACGAUCGUCUCAAUACCUUCCCCCCCCCCCCCCCCACCAUCAUGCUGCGAUUCCUGCCUCUCAAACUUGGCCGCCUGUACCGCUGUCUGAAGCUCUUAUUGGUUGUGGGGUUGUUUGUCAUCUUGUUGAUGAACACUCACAACCUGUUCGCCUCCUUCCAGAAGAAUGAGCUCACCGACCGACGCUUCAUCAACCUCAACAAGUGUCCCGCCUGCUUUGGCACCAGCUGGUGCCGCAAGUUCAUGAACGGCCAGGUUUCCUUUGAAACCUGGGGUCGCCUACGAUUCCUCGAUGUUUUCAACGUCAAGAACGUUUACUUUGCGCAGUACGGCGAGCCAAGGGAGGGCACCCGUCGCGUGGUGCUCAAAAGGCUCGGCUCCAACCAGGAGCUGGCUGAGAUAGACCAGAAAAUCUGCAAGAGGGCCACAGGCAGGCCCCGCUGUGACCUCAUCCAGGCAAUGUACAAGACGGAGUUCGCCCGGAUCAACGGCGACGUUCGUCUGCUCACUCCAGAGGUGGUGGAGGGCUGGUCAGACCUGGUGCACUGCCCCUCUCAGAGGCUGCUGGACCGCGUGGUCCGCAGGUAUGCUGAGACCAAAGACUCGGGCAGCUUCCUGCUAAAGAACCUCAAAGACACAGAGAGAAUGCAGCUGCUCAUGACUUUGGCAUUCAACCCAGAACCACUCGUACUACAGAGCUUUCCGUCAGAUGAAGGGUGGCCGUUUGCCAAGUACCUGGGAGCUUGUGGGCGCAUGGUAGCUGUCAACUACGUAGGCGAGGAGCUGUGGAGCUUCUACAACGCGCCCUGGGAGAAGAGGGUAGACUUGGCCCGCCAGCUCAUGGACAUCGCCGAGCAGCUCACCAACAACGACUUUGAGUUUGCCCUCUACCUGCUCGAUGUCAGCUUUGAUAACUUUGCGGUCGGCCCACGCGAUGGGAAGGUCAUCGUUGUUGAUGCCGAGAACGUUCUUGUGGCAGACAAAAGGCUGAUCAAGCAGAAACUGCCUCUCUGUCUCCCUGCAGACAAGCCAGAGAGCUACGACGUUUGGUACGAGAGCCGCUUUGAGGAGUGCGACAGGGAGGCCUGCCUGUCUUUCUCCAAGGACUCCCUGUGCUCCAGGGUCACAGUGGACCACAACUACUAUGCCGUGUGCCAGAACCUGCUGUCACGGUACGCUACAUGGCGGGGCACCACUGGAGGCCUCCUCCAUGAUCCCCCUGCCCAUAUAGCCAAAGACGGGCAACUCUUGACCCUGUUGGACGAGUGCACUAGACCCAAAAAGCACUACGGCCGCUUCCAGGCGGCCAAGGAACUGCGUGAAUACCUCACACAGCUAGCUGCCGCUUCCUCCUCUGCCACGGCCAGGUAAUGAAUGGAGUCGGCGUCAGCCGGGCGCACUGAGAGACUGGAUCCUGUGCUCUUUAUCUCCAAACUCUUGAGACCCUGCUUCUUGUACAUGAUGUCAUUCCUUCCUCUUUGCCCACCAGAGCAGGAAGGUGUUCGGGGUCUUGCAUCAGGAAGUGUAAGAAUAAAAACUUCAAAGCAGAUUUAUUCAAACUCUAGCUUUGAACCUGUCUUUGCUCCUGUGAGAAAGAGGGGUGGUCCGCCAAGAGAUUCUGGUUAGAACCAGGAUGGAGAGGGGAUUGAGGGGAACCUCUCCUCCCCGCAGGUGGGCUGCCAUGCUUGAGGGUGAGAGGUCUCUGGUAAACGCCUCCUGCACUGGACUCCCGCAAACCAGAGUACCCAAGCAACAAGGGCAGCAUAGCCCCGACCCCAUCCCUCCUUCUCAAUCCAUCAGAACUGUUGUGUUUUGUAUCAUUAAAUCUUAACACCUGUUUAAUUUGGCCCCCAUGAUUUCUUGUUGUUUUUUUAUUCAGGGCUGAAUUUAAGUACAUUGGUGCGUUUACAUUUUUGCUGUGCCAUGGCUUUUUUUCCCUUCUCUGUAGCAUGGCUGCAGGGAAGGCGGAGGUAGCAUGAAUCUCCUACUGUCAGGCGGCAGGGAAGGCCAAGCUCCAGCAGGUAGAGAGGCGGGGGCGUUGGUUUACAUGCAGGAGAAAAAGAAAACCCUCAACGGCGAUAUAAGUCUAAUUUCCUGCUACUCAAAUCAAUCACUUGAUUUCCGAGUUCCAGGAUUGUGGCAAUCAUCUUUUUUUUUUUGUUCAUUUUUUUUUUUGGAGUGAGACAGCUGCACAUAGGAAAAGGAAGGGAAUAAUUGGACAGUGGUGGUCCCUUGAUGCAGAUGUGCCUAUACCAAAGAGGCUAUAUGUAAUAUUAAGUACCAUGAGCAGUACAGAGUGACGGCACCUUUCCCUCCAGUUGUUUCCCAAUAGCGCUGUCCAAAGGGGCUGUAAUGUGUACACAAUCCUAUAUGAGCUGGCAGGCCUGCAUUCUGAUUGAUCUUUUUCAAUAAGGGCCUAAUCCAGAGGUAUACCGGUCUAAGAUUGGACGUAGAAUGCCACACUAUCCCCUCUGCUUUGUUAGCCUCCCAUAUGAUUGAUAAAUGAUGGUCGGAUUGACCUAGGCGUGCUUUUCUUCGACAGCGUGACUAAAUGAAAGGGGCAGAACAGAAGUGAUUCUUUAGAGGACGAGAAAACACAAUAAAGCAGCGCAGUAGUGGCCUCCAGUGCCAAAUUCUCUUUAAAUGUGCGUAAUUGAUAAAUGAAUCCUUUUCUCAAACUUCUCCCACCAGUGCUGAGCGCAGUAAGCUCUAUCAAGUAAAUGUUAAAAAGGGGAAUGAAUAUAUCCUAAAUUACUUCCUUGCUCCAAUAACGGCUUUUGACCUGGCCCAGAGAUUUCUGUUGAAUAUUUAAAGACUUGGCACUACUUAGGGGGUCGGAUUGGUUUCUACACUCAGUGCGCCAACGAAGUUAAUGCAUAAUCGCAAAAUGCAGCCUCAUUUGGGGAUGGAUUAUGAGAGAUCUUAACUCUAAUAUAAUAAAUAAAAUAAAAACAUCCACUCUUGGGCUCCGUAUGUUUUGUAUUUCAUCUGUUUUGAUGUCGUAAAUCGGAUGCUAAAUGCCCAGUGGAGUGUUGUGUAGCACGGCCCAGGAAGCGAGUAAAUAAGAGCGACUCCACGUCGAGGCUCACUAGAAGGCACAGCGGUUGCUUUUUGGCUCCUUCAAGACCCGAAAGCUGACGAGAUCCCUGCAAGUUAGGAAAAGCAAUAAAGAGAAGUUUGCUAAUGGAUUUCUGUUUUUCAACCCCCCCCU